AUGAGAGUCUUAUCCUCGGCAGAGGAGGCUUUGGAACUGUUUACAAGGGAACCUUACCGGACGAUUAACCACCGAAAUGUGGUGAAGCUUUUGGGGUGUUGUUUAGAAACUGAAGUUCCUUUGCUUGUUUAUGAAUAUGUUUCCAAUGGCACGCUCUUCCAACAUGUCCAUACCAUCAGCGGGGUGCCUUCUGUUUCUUGGGAAAGUCGUUUGAGGAUAGCGGUUGAAACUGCAGGCGCACUUGCUUAUUUACACUCGGUUUCUAUACCUAUCAUUCAUAGAGAUAUCAAGACUGCCAACGUGCUUUUAGAUGAAAAUUACACAGCAAAAGUUGCAGACUUUGGAGCAUUAAGGUUGAUUCCUUUGGAGCAAACAGAAUUAUCCACCGUAAUAAUGGGGACCAGAGGAUAUUUGGAUCCGGAAUACCGCCAGAGGCCUACUGACAGAGAAGAGUGA